AUGACGUCGCACUAUAACAUCCCGCAUGUAUCCUGGUCGGCCGUAGACGUACUUUUGUCCGACAAAGAACUCUUUAAGACGUUAGUUCGCACAAAAGGGCCAACUGACAAAGUAGGUAAUACAGUGCUACAACUCAUGAACUACUUUUCAUGGAACAGACUUGGAAUAUUUGGAGAGGAUUACGCAAUAUGUCUUUACGUGACAAACAGCAUCGUGCAGGCACUACAAAAAACAGAGAUAUCGAUAGCCUCAUACACCGAGUUUGACAGAAAUACCAUAACGGAUGACGACAUGAUCAAGAACUUGCUUAAUCUACGAGCCACUGCGAGAAUUAUUGUCGUCUGCUCGUCGCGAUUAUUUCGGAGGAUUUUGCUCCACGCCUGUCGGCUAGGCAUGUGCAAUGGCGAAUACGUAUUCAUCGACCCAUUUGCCAUUUCUGGCGAAGCUGCGUACAGCCCGUGGCAAAUAGGAGACAGCGACGACAAUGAGGCUAAACAGGCAUAUACACACGUCGUUAAAAUUUUACAGGCACAAUGGAUGGAUGAAGCUUCGAAACACCGUAUUCAACAACUUAUCGCCGAAGUGCCUUUGCGCAUGCAUGAAGAGCCAUGGAACAACACUGAGGCUACGGAUAAUGGAUAUAUGGGUUCCAGUAAUGCGGCGAAUGUAUACGACGCCGCUAUGGUUUGGUUUUAUUGGUUGAAUCACACUGUGGAGAAUAACCUUGAUUACAGGCAUGGACGCAAUAUGUUCCUUUUCACAGAAAACCUCACAUUUCAAGGUCCUGACGGGACAGUGUCGUUUGAUGACAAUGGCGACCGAGAAACGGUUUUCUGGAUCCUAGAUUGGAAGAACUCAUCCGGGGUGUCUCGUAUAAUGGCUACUGUCGACAUCACAGCCACUGAAGUAAGUUUUCCAGUUAUCGGAAGACCCGCUUUGGUUGACCGAAAUGGGUUGCCUCCUCCUGCCGUUCCCGUGUGUGGGUUCGACAACUUGGGAUGCCCCCCUACACCGUACAAUGCCAUACCGGUGGUUUUUGGGACGAUCUGCCCCCUCAUCGCCAUAUCAGUGUCUGCUAUUCUGAUAUUUAUGUGGCACAGAAAAAAUGUUCAUGAGAGCGAAAUAAGGAAGAUGUUAUGGAAAGUGCAGUAUGAAGACGUUUACAAAAACAAAACUCAGGCCGGCGUUGGUAGUAUGUUCAGUAAGCUGAGUCUCGCUACCAUAUCUAAUAAUGGUGAGAAUGAGUGCAGCUUUAUCACUACUGGCAAGUACAAGGGGUUGACAGUGUCCAUACGUAUGUCCAUGAAUCAAACGGUGAUGCUGGCCAGACAGGAUUUUGUGGAGCUCUUGGUGAUGAAGGAGAUGACUCAUGACAACAUCAACCCGUUUAUCGGCGCCUGCAUUGAUUCGCCAAACAUUUGUGUGUUGUUCCAGUACUGUUCUAAAGGCAGUCUUCAGGAUGUUUUACAAAACGAUGACAUCAAACUUGACUGGACCUUUAAAAUGUCAUUAAUAUCGGAUUGUCUAGAGGGGUUGGUUUAUUUGUCGGAGUCUGUGUUGAAGUCGUUUGGGAGGUUGAAGAGUUCCAACUGUAUCGUGGACAAUAGAUGGGUACUGAAACUAACUGACUAUGGCAUCAGUGGUUUUGUAGGUACCAAUACAGAGCAGAGAGAAUAUGAGGAGGAGCGUUAUAAAGCUCUUUUAUGGACGGCCCCCGAGUUACUGAGGUCAGCCUUACAACACAGGAACGGGACGCAAGCUGGGGACGUAUACGCUUUUGGAAUCGUACUACACGAAAUCUAUUACCGCAUGGGAGUCUUUCCUAUACCUACAUUGACAGCAAAAGAUAUCAUACAUAAGGUAAAAAGCGGAGGACAAAGUCUUUGCCGUCCUAUUACUGACCAGAAAGGUUCAAACGAUGAGAAGCCUGCACUCAUUGACCUGAUGAAACUUUGCUGGAGUGAAGAGCCAUCAGAAAGACCAACGUACGGAACCAUCAAGAGUAUCAUCAAGAGUCAGAACAGUGGGAAGAAAGCCGGCAUACUGGACAACAUGAUCGCUAGAUUGGAGAAAUAUGCAAACAACUUGGAAGAGUUAGUCAGCCAUAGAACCAUUGAGCUUCAAGAGGAGAAACUGAAGACGGACCGACUUCUCUACAGAAUGUUGCCUCAGGCUGUCGCUGAGAAACUGAAGUCUGGACAGACUGUUGAUCCGGAGGAGUUUGAAGCCGUCACGAUUUUCUUUUCGGAUAUUGUUGGAUUCACCAGUAUAUCAGCUUCCAGUACUCCUAUACAGAUUGUUAACCUUCUGAAUGAUCUCUACACUCUGUUUGAUGAUAUCAUCGCCCAAUUCGACGUGUACAAAGUUGAGACGAUCGGGGAUGCCUAUAUGGUUGUUGGAGGACUCUCCCGCAAGGGAGGUAACAGUCACUCCGCUCAAAUAGCUGACAUGUCACUUACUAUACUGAGUGCGGUUAUGACGUUCCGUCAAAGACAUCGACCUAACGAUGAGACUAGAGUGCGCAUAGGCCUUCACUCAGGAAUGUGCUGUGCAGGAGUUGUUGGGUUGACCAUGCCUCGAUAUUGCCUUUUUGGAGAUACUGUCAACACUGCAUCAAGAAUGGAAUCCAAUGGAGAAGCUAAAAGGAUCCACAUCAGUAGUGUGACAAAGGAAGCCCUGGAAACAUUUGGAGUUUAUCACAUCAACCUUAGGGGAGAUAUCCCUAUCAAGGGGAAAGGAUCAAUGACAACGUACUGGCUAAAUGGAAAAAUCGGAUUCAACCACCCACUUCCUAUCGUAGAGUAACAAAUGUUUAUGUAAAUCCCUAUCCCACACAAAGUACUUUCAAAAAUACCUAAUAAUAUCUGUGAAACCAUUUUGAACGGCAAACCACAACCAACCAGAGAGUUACAGAACUGAUAAGAAGUACCACAAUGCAGUCAUGCGUUAUGCAAAGCUGCAUAUAUUGCUGAGCGGCCAUCUCUUAAGAUAUGAGUAGGUAUUUUGUUUCAAAUCUUUCGCCAUGACAGUACGCAUCUUGUUUGGCAAAGUUCUCCUCAUCGUUCAUGACAAAAUUCUACUCCUCAUGAACUACCCAAUUGUUACAUUAUUACUGCAAUACCGAAGUUCUCGUGCCAAAUACGAGACCAUUCAAUGACAAUGCUCACCUUUGCCACUUAUGGAAGAAGCGAAGCCCAAUCUACUUUAUAAGGAGAUUUAAUCCAUGUGCCUUUUAGUUAUUCAGAUGACGUCGUCUGAGGAUUUCAGCACAUUUUUUUUUUACUCCUGUGACCUUGAAUGUGGGUCAAAUGCCAUUCCUUUGAACAAACUUAGCCGUCCGUCAUCCUAUAUCAAGCCAAUAUCGGUAGAUGUAUGUAGAGAAAGAAAUCUAACAUGUUGUAAUGUAUAUACAAUGUACCUGGUAAACAUAUCUAUAUAGUUGUCAUCUGAAAUUGUCAUUAUAGUGAAAAUAUAUUUGUAGCUUAAUGUCAAUAAAAUGUCAUUAACCUUA